GCGUGCUGUCGGAGGAGCAGCUGCGGAAGAAGAAGGUGCGGCGGCAGCAGCAGAAGGGGGCGGGAGGGGAGGCGCCGCUGCCGCAGGUGCCCCCCCUGCCCCCCACGCCCCUCGCCGAGCCGGCCCGGCUCAGCCCCCAGCAGGAGCUCAUGAUCCAGCAGCUGGUGGCUGCCCAACAGCAGUGCAACAAGCGCUCCUUCAGCGACCAGCCCAAGGUCACGCCAUGGCCCCUGGGCACCGACCCCAACAGCCGGGAGGCCCGACAGCAGCGCUUCGCCCACUUCACCGAGCUGGCCAUCAUCUCGGUGCAGGAGAUCGUCGACUUCGCCAAGCAGGUGCCCGGCUUCUUGCAGCUCACGAGAGAGGACCAGAUCGCGCUGCUCAAGGCCUGCACCAUUGAG